UCGAUAGAUAUUGUUAUUCUGCAAUAUUUAGUAUUUUCUUAGUGCCUUGUUAGUGCGUUGUAAUUACAGGAAAUAGUGAUGGCGCUACCGUUGCCGAUACCUCCGUGUGCAAAGAGGGAUGGCAUAAGUGGUAUAGGAUGCGAACGUUUUGAUUAUGCGAGUACGAUGGCUACAACUUUGCUUGCACCGGUUAAAACCGAACGGCAGAUCCUUGAACAUUCAAUGUCUGAGGACGAUCCGAAUGCAAAUACACAACCCCCGACCGAAGGUGGCUCGGAACUCCGCUGGGGCCCGCGCCACAAAGGAGCACAGGAGUUGGCUGAAUUGUAUAGUCCAGGCAAGCGACUACAAGAAUGGGUCUGUGUGGUGGUUUGUUGUACGUUAUGUAUAGGCGCCGGCAUCCUGAUGGCGAAGCAUAUUCGGGCGGACGCGUCAUUACUACUUGCAGCUCUCGCUGGCGUUCUAACAGCAGAUUUUGCUUCUGGUAUAGUGCACUGGGCUGCUGACACUUGGGGAGCGGUUGACCUACCCGUUAUUGGCAAAAAUUUCUUGCGACCAUUCCGCGAACAUCACAUCGAUCCAACCUCGAUCACGCGUCAUGACUUCGUGGAGACGAACGGUGAUAACUUUGCUAUCACUAUUCCCGUGCUGGGAAAAAUCGUGUGGCAGCUCCUCACUUACGACAAACUCGUCAUCGAUGAGCAGUUCCACUGGAUUGCUUAUUGGUACCUUUGCUGUAUUUUUAUCGCUAUGACAAAUCAGAUUCAUAAAUGGUCGCACACAUAUUUCGGCUUGCCCGCAUGGGUGGUGUUUCUCCAAGAGUGGCACAUAGUGCUUCCACGCCGCCACCACCGCAUCCACCACGUGGCGCCGCACGAGACUUACUUUUGCAUUACUACCGGCUGGCUCAACUGGCCCCUGGAGAAAUUACACUUCUGGUCCAUUUUAGAGAACAUUAUCGAAGCUUUAACCGGCUGCAAGCCACGCGCCGACGACAUGAAAUGGGCCCAAAAGCGUUCCUAGAACACAUCCCUGUCGUCAGACGUUUUUAUAUUAAACUCGUCCACAUUUACCAAAUCAAUUAUUAAAAGUAGUAAAAUAUACGUUUUGCUAAUAAAGGUAGUCAAGCUAAUGUGAUUAGUUAAUAUGCUGAAGUAAUCAAGUAAGUAACUAAGUAUACAAUUAUUUAUUUUUGUUUACAUGAUUUAUUAUAAAAAUUUCUUAAAAAAUUGGAAACCAUAAAUUAAAUUUCCUGACUAUGAAAUUUUUGUUUACAUGAUUUAUUAUAAAAAUUUCUUCAAAAAUUGGAAACCAUAAAUUAAAUUGCCUGACUAUGAAAUAACAAAAAGCAAAAGUCUAUUUUAUGGAUCAGAAGAGUAUUUAUAUUUGAAGAGAAAUAAUAAUUUUUACGGUGAUGUGUGAUUUGUAGCUUGCCUAGCUUAUUUUAGACCACUAGAUGUGGAUUUAAGGUACACUAGACCACUAUGGUGCUGGUUAACUUGUUUGUUUUAAGCACUUAGGUCAAUUGUAAAUAAUUAUACAGAUUUAUAUGAUGCUAUCGCAUAAAAUGGUAGACGAGCAUAAAUAAUGUUGAAAACAAAGAUUGCUACGGUAAUGAGUGCCAUUAAUUAUAAAGAAAAUAAAUCGAGCCAGUGAAAUACCCCACAAAUGAACGAGGAACAAAAUAUAGGAUAUGCCAUAUUUUUAUUACGUAAAUAAUUAUACUACACAUAAUAAAGCUAAACUAAUUGUAUUCUACCUCGCUCUCAGUGCGAAGAAUAUAUUUAAGUGUUAUAUUAAACUAGAGAGCUUACCUAUUGACUAUUUAUCUAUGCUUAAAAAUGACAAAUUAUGUAUGUAUGAAUAAAAUGAUAAUAAUAAAUAGCAAAUAAUACGAGGGUGAAUCUAAUUAAUUGAACUUUAAACAUGUAAAAAACUGAAAUGAGUGCACGUUUAACGAUAAAUCUCUUCAGUAGUAUACGUGACAUACCUUAUACGUGUAUAAUUAUCAAUUUUACGAUGAACCACUACAAAAUAUAACUCGUCAUUCUUAUAAUUACCUAGUUGCAUUUCCUUUAAAUGAAUAAAUAAAUAGUAAGUUUUACGUGCCAAAGUUCAUAAUAUGUAUUCACACAGCAUUUAUAGACAUCAUAUAAGCCUAUGACGACAGCUUAAGAUUUAAUCUUGAUUCACCUUCGUAUAUGAUGGUACCUCAAAAGUUGGUUCUGAGAGUACGUACCUACGUAAGUAUAUGCCUUAUAACUACUAUUUUUACACCUAAUAUAAAAAAGUUGUUUCAAACUCUAGACACGAAUAAGAGUUUGCUUAAUAUUUGUAAAAUUUUGAUGGAACUUUUACGACGAAUCUGUUUCAAUAAAAUAACGAAUUUUAAAACUCUAUUGUGUCUGAUAUGAUUAUAAUACUAAUAUUCACUAUAAGAAUUAUGCGUGCUGCUGUAUCAAGCGUGCAGCUUAACAAUAAUUGAUUUAAGGACAAGUCACGGUAAAGGCCACCAAUAUGCUGCUCAGCUCAGAUAAAACAUUAGAGAGUGUAAAUAAGGUUUACAAGAGACGGCACUUUCUGAUGUUUUUUAUACAAUUAAAAAUUAGCACUAACGUCACUUGCGCCCGCUUGGUAUAUCGGACACCUCAAUGCCUUUGUUGAACGUUCAAAAUUGUCAAGUUGCUUUAUACCUUUUGGUCGCUACUACAUUGUAAAAUAAUAUUGCUGUAUUUUUAUAAUCUCUUUUUACAUGACAUAUAACUACAGUUGUGGUUCUCAGUACGUUAUAAGCGAUUAAUUUUAUAUAAGUUUGAUCUAGUUUAAAUGAGAAUUCCUAUUAAUUAAGAACUGUGCAAAUAAUUACAGUAAUUAUUCGUAAGUAUUUGUAGGGUAUUUAUAAGGUAUUUACUUUUACGAUCAUGUCAGAAAACUUGUUUUUUUUAAGUUUUUUUGAACGAUAUCUAUGUACUAGCGUUACAGCCUUUGGUUUUAUUUUGGGUUAUUUGUCUGAGAAUCACACUGUCGAUUUUAAAAUAGGUAGUUAUCCAUUUGUGAUAAACAAUAAUCAAUAUUAUAUGCAAUCUAAAUUUAUACCAAAUGGAUAGGUACAUUUUAUGUAACACGUGAUUAUUUUUU